CCUGGAAUUCGGAGCCCCGUCGGCACCAGCACCGAAGCCCAGCUCGUGACGAGCACAGAGGUCCUGGAAAAGAAAAUGAAGGGGUUGUGCAAUAGCUGAAAACCUGGGCAGCCCUUCCAGGCGCGUCCUCAACUGGGCGUCAAACUCUGGCAAAAAGUUUGCCCUUUGCCCCGGAUCCCUCACAUCAGAGAGCACCGCAGGGACGGUACAGCCUGGAGAGGACUAAUGGGAUCGGGGAAGGGCCAAAAGAAGUUGGGGAACUCUGACUCUUCUCAGUGUUUAAAAAGCAGAGGCCGGGCGCGGUGGCUCACACCUGGAAUCCCAGCACUUUCGGAGACCUAGGCGGUGGAUCACGAGGUCAGGAGUUCGAGACCAGCGUGGCCAACAUGGUGAAACCCCGGUCUCUACUAAAAAAAUGAAAAUCUGCCCGGCGCGGUGGCGGGCGCCUCUAAUCCCAGCUACUCUGGAGGCUCAGGCAGCGAGGCGCUUGAACCCAACCCCUGAGGCGGAGGUUGCAAUGAGCCAAGAGCGCGCCACUGCACUCCAGCCCACAGCAAGACUCUGUCUCAAAAAAAAGAAAAAGGAAAAAGAAAGCAGAGGUGCCUCGGAAGGCCUGAAGGUUGAGGAGUCUAGCAGUGCGCCUGGAGACCAACGGCACUAGAGGGUAUCCUCGCCCUGCCCUAGGGCUCCCCGUUCCGCCCCCUGCCGCCAAGCAAGGAAUCCGGCGCCGCUGGUCGGGGCGUAGUAUUUACGACAGUGCUGGCGCUUUCCGGCCAGCCGCACAGCUGCUGACGCGUCGGGAGGCGGAGCCUAGGGAAGCGAAUUUUCCUGGCGGCAGCUGUGCAGACGCUGCUGCUGUGACCCACCUGCCUCUUCCGCGGAGCAAUGGCAGUGUCUGCCAGGUCCGCGCGGACCCCGCCCAGCUCAGAUAAAGUACAGAAAGACAAGGCUGAACGGAUCCCAGGGCCCAGGCAGGGCAGUCGAAUGGGGAAACUCUUGGGUUUUGAGUGGACUGAUUUGUCCAGCUGGUGGAGGCUGGUGACCUUGUUGAAUCGACCAACGGACCCUGCAAGCCUGGCUGUGUUUCGUUUUCUUUUUGGGUUCUUGAUGGUGCUAGACAUUCCCCAGGAGCGGGGGCUCAGCUCCCUGGACCGAAAAUACCUUGAUGGGCUGGAUGUGUGCCGCUUCCCCUUGCUGGAUGCUCUACGCCCACUGCCACUUGACUGGAUGUACCUUGUCUACACCAUCAUGUUUCUGGGGGCACUGGGCAUGAUGCUGGGCCUGUGCUACCGGAUAAGCUGUGUGUUAUUCCUGUUGCCAUACUGGUAUGUGUUUCUCCUGGACAAGACAUCAUGGAACAACCACUCCUAUCUUUAUGGGUUGUUGGCCUUUCAGCUGACAUUCAUGGAUGCAAAUCACUACUGGUCUGUGGAUGGCCUGCUGAAUGCCCGUAGGAGGAAUGCCCAUGUGCCCCUUUGGAACUAUGCAGUGCUGCGUGGCCAGAUCUUCAUUGUGUACUUCAUCGCGGGUGUGAAAAAGCUGGAUGCAGACUGGGUUGAAGGCUAUUCCAUGGACUAUUUGUCCCGGCACUGGCUCUUCAGUCCCUUCAAACUGUUGUUGUCUGAGGAGCUGACUAGCCUGCUGGUUGUGCACUGGGGCGGGCUGCUGCUUGACCUCUCAGCUGGUUUCCUGCUCUUUUUUGAUGCCUCAAGAUCCAUUGGCCUCUUCUUUGUGUCCUACUUCCACUGCAUGAAUUCCCAGCUUUUCAGCAUUGGUAUGUUCUCCUACAUCAUGCUAGCCAGCAGCCCUCUCUUCUGCUCCCCUGAGUGGCCUCGGAAGCUGGUGUCCCACUGCCCCCAAAGGUUGCAAGAACUGCUGCCCCUCAAGGCAGCCCCUCAGCCCAGUGUUUCCUGUGUGUAUAAGAGGAGCCGGGCCAAAGGUGGCCAGAAGCCAGGGCUGCGCCAUCAGCUGGGAGCUGCCUUCACCCUGCUGUACCUCCUGGAGCAGCUAUUCCUGCCCUAUUCUCAUUUCCUCACCCAGGGCUACAACAACUGGACAAAUGGGCUGUAUGGUUAUUCCUGGGACAUGAUGGUGCACUCCCGCUCCCACCAGCAUGUGAAGAUCACCUACCGUGAUGGCCGCACCGGUGAACUGGGCUACCUUAACCCUGGGGUAUUCACACAGAGCCGGCGAUGGAAGGAUCACGCAGACAUGCUGAAGCAAUAUGCCACUUGCCUGAGCCGCCUGCUUCCCAAGUAUAAUGUCACUGAGCCCCAGAUCUACUUUGAUAUUUGGGUCUCCAUCAAUGACCGCUUCCAGCAGAGGAUUUUUGACCCUCGUGUGGACAUUGUGCAGGCCGCUUGGUCCCCCUUUCAGCGCACAUCCUGGGUGCAACCACUCUUGAUGGACCUGUCUCCUUGGAGGGCCAAGUUACAGGAAAUCAAGAGCAGCCUGGACAACCACACUGAGGUGGUCUUCAUUGCAGAUUUCCCUGGACUGCACUUGGAGAAUUUUGUGAGUGAAGACCUGGGCAACACUAGCAUCCAGCUGCUGCAGGGGGAAGUGACUGUGGAGCUGGUGGCAGAACAGAAGAACCAGACUCUUCAAGAGGGAGAAAAAAUGCAGUUGCCUGCUGGUGAGUACCAUAAGGUAUAUACGACAUCACCUAGUCCUUCUUGCUACAUGUAUGUCUAUGUCAACACUACAGAGCUUGCACUGGAGCAAGACCUAGCAUAUCUACAAGAAUUAAAGGAAAAGGUGGAGAAUGGAAGUGAAACAGGACCUCUACCCCCAGAGCUGCAGCCUCUGUUGGAAGGGGAAGUUAAAGGGGGUCCAGAGCCAACACCUCUGGUUCAGACCUUUCUUAGACGCCAACAAAGGCUCCAGGAGAUUGAACGCCGGCGAAAUACUCCUUUCCAUGAGCGAUUCUUCCGCUUCUUGUUGCGAAAGCUCUAUGUCUUUCGCCGCAGCUUCCUGAUGACUUGUAUCUCACUUCGAAAUCUGAUAUUAGGCCGCCCUUCCCUGGAGCAGCUGGCCCAGGAGGUGACUUAUGCAAACUGGAGACCCUUUGAGCCAGUUGGAGAACUGAGUCCCUCAAACAUGGAUUCUUCACAUCCUAAUCCUCCUGAGUCAAAUCCUGAUCCUGUCCAUUCAGAGCUCUGAAGGGGGCCAGAUGUUGGCUGUAGUGGAGAAGCGGGCGGCGGCCACAGACCCAUUCUAUAUGAUGGACAUUUAUUUGAAAAUAAUUCUCAAAAUUUUUUUACUUUU